AUGUUUAAAAUAAUAAUUCUUAUAGCAAAUAUAAGUUGUGUUUCAAACAUUUAUCCAAGCCGAUGUCAAGAUAGAACCCAAGAAGACAGUUAUUAUAUGGGGGACGACCAUAAUCUUAUAGUUCAACUAAAAAAUGGUAAAGAGUAUGAGUUUUCAAACGCAGUUGUUAAAAAAUGUGUGGAAAAUGACAAUGGAUAUGUUCUUGAACUCAAUGACGGGACGGAUUUAAUUGUAAAUGAAUCAACUGUUGAUAUUAGACCACCUGAAAAUGGAACCUUUAAUGUAAAUAAUGUUAGACAAGGACGGGAACAAAAUGGCGAUCUUGUUUUGGAUUUAAACAAUGGAGAUCGCAUGGUUGUUAAAUCUGCAGAAGACUAUCAGGAUAAUGGAGAUGGAAAUUACUCUAUUAACGCCAACGAGAACACAGAACUAAUGACUACUGAUUCGCAAGAUAACAAAAAUACAACCACUGCUGAUGAAGAAAGUGAAAGCGAGGACGAGGAUGAUGAUGACGACGAUUCUUCUUCAAGUUCAUCACGCUCAAUUUUAUGCAUAACAUUUUUGAUUGGAUUUGUUAGUGUUUGUGUGUUAAUAUAA